ACUCAAGAGACCAAGAGCAAGACCAAGCCUCAAUAAUUAAUUAUCAGGCCUAAUCUAGGUUACUUCAAUAAAUUUGACCAUGAAGGAGGAGCGGGAAGAAAGCGAUGGAGAAGAGAUGGAGCAAGAGUCAGGGGACUCUGACAAAUCAUCGUCCUCCUGUGACAGCAGUGAUACUGAUACUGAUGACAGUUCUGAAAUGGACGAAGCAGAAUGUGAAAGACGUCGGGUGGAAUGUAUUGAAAAUCUGGCCGAUCUCGAACGGCAGUUUUCUUGUUUGAAAGAACAGUUGUACAGAGAGCGGAUCACGCAAGUAGAAACCAAACUGAAUGAGGUGAAGAUGGGUCGCGCGGCUGAGUAUCUCGUCCCUCUAGAAGAGUUGCAGGAGAACCACAGCAUCCGCAUAGAAGUGGCCGGCAUCUUGCGGCAAUACAAGUUGGCCAACAUACGCAACAACUUUGAGGCUGAGGAGCAAGCGGCCAACCAGAACCUUCAUAGUGAGAAGACACUAGCAAUGGACUUUCUGAAGGAUGAUAUAGAAGAGAAGAUUCGAAUGCUAGAAGAGGACCGUAACAGUGUAGACAUUACUGCAGACCUAUGGGCGUACGAGAGGUCUAGAAACAGACGUAUGUGGAGUCAACCUUCACAUCUGCCUGAAGACUCAGACAGCCUUGUUCGACGUAAGCCUACAGUGGUGUCAGGUCCAUACAUCGUAUACAUGCUGCAAGAUGCGGACAUUCUAGAGGAUUGGGCUGUGAUCAAGAAAGCCGUAACUGUUUGUAAGCGGAAGACUGACUGGUCAGAUGGAAUUUCUAGCAAAAAGGAAACGUUUAGACCAAAAUACCAAAAAGAUCUAAAAUUCCAAAAAGAUUCCAAAUACCCAAAAGAGCGCAAACUCCAUUUUCCAGUAAAGCCGGGACAAAAAUUAAAGUUAUGGUAGUUGAUUCCAUCGACCGAGCUGAACUAUGACGGCUUUUUACUCUAAGAGUUGGAAUCUACCUCAUCUUUAUCUCAGUGUUCCCACGAGGAAUACGCAAGCUUUCUGUGAUAUGCUCAGUGUAUUUUCAAAACCUUUUGAUAAGGUUGGUUAGUUUAGUUCAUAUAGAUCUAAAGUUCACAAGAACUGAAUGAAGAAACUGUGUUUCAAAAUGAAUAUUGUGGUUUUAACAAGGGGGAUAUUGAUAAGAGUGAUUGUUUAUAACACAUAAUACUACCUAAAUAGAAUUCCGUUUGAAAUGGCACACUAAUAAAAAGAGUAACUCAAACAGUUUUUUUCUAAAGGAUACGAUUGUUAAAUGCGAAUUCCAUUUGGCAUGGGGGAUUUACCUACACUUUUUAAUGAGAGUAGUUUACAUAAUAAAAUGGCAUUUAUCCUAGCUUUCAUAAGUUUGUUCGUAUGCAUGAUCCCUUUUGAAAGAAUUCUCCAGUUGACCUGUAAUUUGGGUAAAACAUGUAAACCAAUUUUUAUUUUAAUGUGUUUCCGAACCAGUUUGAUCCAAUUGAAUUGGUUUUUAUUUCUAACUAAAGUCGUUAAAACAGCAUGUUUUACUAUAUAUUAGCUUAUAAAGACAAAUACUUUAGUAUAUUAUAUUUUUAUUCAAUGCCUGUUGUUUACUGAGAUAUGGAAAAUGUGUUGAAACACAGUAUGUCUUUUUUCAUAGCUAUAUUAUCCUUAUAGCUAAGGAGGAGCCUAUUUACCAUAUGGUUUUGAAUGAACCAAUGAGAACCAUGCGGAAUUUCCAAAUCUAAUAAUACCAGCUGAUUUGAAAAUAUUGCUUAGUAUACUUAAAUUAGUGUCAACGGACGAUGUGGCAACGUUGCACUAGCCUUGUCUUGUGAUUGGCUGUCACCAACUGCAAACUUACGUGGUCCCGACUUUAGUGUACCUGUUGCUUGGAAUCGAGCAAUUGUCAAGUACCGGUAUUAUACAGGAGUUAUUUUAAAACUACAGAAAUAACAGUCAUAAUUAUCGAUGAGUUUAAAAGAUCCUACUUAAUGCUAUAGCAAAAAUAAAUCUUUCUCCCAAAAAAUGUAAAAAACCAAACUUAAAUAUUUUACAAAUAAAGAUUAAAGCUUAUGUAACUACAGUAAUUGAAAUACUCACGCUAUUUAAUAGCGCUUUGAAAUAAUAAACGCUUCUUGUAAAAAUAAAAUAUUUUAUCAUUUUUAGAAGCGGGCCUUAUUUUUUUUAGUGUUUUCUACAAAUGUUUCUUGAUUUAAAGCUUUUACCAGUAAACAUUUCUUGCAUGUAUUUAUUUGAUCCGACAUUAGGUAUGUUUACUUUACCACUGUGACAACAUGAUAUGAAUAUUCCUCAUUGUUUUUUUAUUAAUUCCAAAAUAAGUUGCAUAGCAUAACUGGCAAAAAUUAUUCAUCUCCCCAAGUGAUUGUGUACCUGUGUAUUCCUUACUGUGAGACCAGGCAUCUCUUCUACUCUUCUCAUAAGUAUAAGAUGUCCUUUUAAUUUUCUCCUCCUCCUGUUUUCAAUAUUUCCCCUUUAAACUCAAGAAAUUUUCUGUUCUUCCGACAAAACUGAUUAACUGUUUAGAAUUUGUCUAUAACCAUUGACUAUUGGAUACUAUAUCAAUAUUGGAUGUUGUAUCAAUAGUCAAAUGUAUAACCUCCUAAAUAAGACAAACAUCAAUAUUUACUCCCAUAAAGCUGGUGAGUUCUUUUUAUAUGCAGUUGAUUUUUGUUUUUAAAUUUGUUCAAUGUAAUUCUUAUGGGGGAAUCGCGACCUUUGAAAGCGCCUCGUGGUCUUAAGAGUAAGAGUUUUUAAAACCUUAAUGUAAAACUACGAAUUAUUUGACACCUCAAAAGUUGGUUCAAAAAUAACGGAGGAGUUUUGUUCACAAAAAACAGCCCUCACGUAUUAAUAUAAGAGAUGCCCUAUUGCUCGUUUACAGAUAUAUCAUCCUAACAUUUUACUAUAUUCUUUUUUUCUAAUGUAACAUUCUGACAUACACUCUGGAAUAAUCAGCACUGUGCCUGUUUCAAAUGUUGUGAUUAUUAUGAUUUUGACUCAAUACAGAUUGCACGGGAAAUUUAAGUGCAAUUAGGAAAGAAAACGCCAUUUAUAACCCCAUGGCAUACAAAAUUUUUACCUAAUAAAAUGGUACAUGUGGGCAAAUAAGAAACUUUAAACAAGGAAUUGUUGAAUAUGUCAUAUUGUAAAUAAAUUUUGUACAUUA